CAUACAGCGUUCCUUUUUUCCGGAAAUUCUCGAAGUGCUGCCUCGGCUUUGUUCGUAUUACAAUUGAGUUUCUAAGGAUUUUCAAGAUGGAGGAUAAUAACUGCGGUUGAUAUUUGGGCUUUAUUCUGUUUGGUUUAUACUAUCCUUUUCUGGAUUUUAUCCUUUUCUUUCCUCAUUCAAUUAUUUUUCCUCAUUCUCAUCAUUUGGAUUACUAUUGGGGUCUGAAGUGAAGCCAUGAGUGCUGGAGAAGGAGCGGAGGAAAUAGCGAAGGACGCGGCCGACAUAGCAGCAUUUUUCAAAUCCGGGUUUCGUAAAAAUGAUGAAAUGAAGGCCGUGGAAUUAUUGCCAAUUUUAAAAGAGAAAGUUGCUUACCUUUCUGGUGGCAGAGAUAAGCGUGGAGGCCCGAUAUUAACCUUUCCAGCUCGGAGCAAUCAUGACAGAAUACGUCAGGAAGACCUUCGAAGACUUAUUUCUUAUCUAGCUGGUAUUCCUAGUGAAGAGGUCUGUAAGCGUGGAUUCACAGUCAUUGUUGACAUGCGUGGCUCCAAAUGGGACUCAAUAAAACCCCUUCUAAAAAUUCUUCAGGAAUCAUUUCCCUGCUGCAUUCACGUUGCACUGAUAAUCAAACCUGACAACUUCUGGCAGAAGCAGAGGACAAAUUUUGGCAGCUCUAAGUUUGAAUUUGAAACUAAUAUGGUUUCAUUAGAAGGCCUUACCAAAUUAGUGGACAUGUCUCAGUUAACCUCUGAAUUUGAUGGCUUCUUGGAGUAUAAUCAUGAGGAGUGGAUAGACAUAAGAGUUGCCUUUGAGGACUUUAUUUGCAAUGCAACCCAUAUGCUUUCUCGUUUGGAAGAGCUUCAGGAGAUGCUGGCCAAAAAAGACUUGCCUCAAGACUUGGAUGGCUCUAGGGCUAUGAUUGAAGAGCAUUCUCAACUUAAAAAGAAAGUAAUCAAAGCUCCUAUUGAGGAGUUGGAUUUGGAAGGUCAGAAUUUGCUGCAAAGGAUACAGAGCAGUGAUAGCUUUCCAAAGAAGAAUUCUGUGUCUGGGAAUGCAGACUUACAGAGCCUCGUACCGAAAGUGUCCACUGUACUGGACAGGCUUCACUCUACUAGGCAACAUUUGCAUCAGAUGUGGCAGGUGCGCAAACUCAAGCUUGACCAGUGUUUUCAACUUAGGCUGUUUGAACAGGAUGCUGAAAAGAUGUUUGAUUGGAUCACUCAUAACAAGGGUCUGUUUUUGAACAGUUACACUGAGAUUGGGAUCAGUCAUUCUCAUGCCAUGGAUCUUCAGAUGCAGCACAAUCACUUUGCAAUGAACUGUAUGAAUGUGUAUGUGAAUAUCAACCGAAUAAUGUCUGUGGCCAAUCGCUUAAUGGAAUCUAGCCACUAUGCAUCCCAGCAAAUCAAACAGAUUGCCAGUCAGCUGGAACAAGAGUGGAAAGCUUUUGCUGCUGCCCUUGAUGAGCGCAGCACUUUACUUGAAAUGUCUGCAAUUUUUCACCAAAAAGUGGAACAGUAUAUGAACAAUGUGGAUGCAUGGUGCAAAGCCUGUAGUGAGGUUGACCUUCCGUCUGAACUUCAGGAUCUGGAAGAUUCUAUUCAUCAUCAUCAAGGUUUAUAUGAACAUAUCACUCUGGCAUACUCUGAGGUGAGUCAGGAUGGCAAGUCACUUCUUGACAAACUUCAGCGACCUCUUACUCCAGGUAGUUCUGACUCUUUAACAGCUUCAGCCAAUUACUCGAAAGCAGUGCAGCAUGUUCUUGAUGUUAUCCAUGAAGUGCUUCAUCAUCAGAGACAACUGGAGAACAUCUGGCAGCAUCGCAAGGUCCGUCUCCAUCAGCGGCUUCAGCUUUGUGUAUUCCAACAAGAUGUGCAACAGGUGCUGGACUGGAUUGAAAACCAUGGUGAAGCAUUCCUCAGUAAACACACUGGAGUGGGGAAAUCACUGCACCGGGCCCGGGCCUUGCAGAAACGCCAUGAAGAUUUUGAGGAGGUUGCACAGAACACGUACACAAAUGCAGACAAGUUACUUGAAGCUGCAGAGCAGUUGGCUCAGACGGGUGAGUGUGACCCAGAAGAGAUCUACCAGGCAGCCCAUCAACUGGAAGAUCGCAUCCAGGAUUUUGUGAGACGAGUGGAGCAGCGCAAGAUUUUAUUAGACAUGUCUGUUUCAUUUCACACGCAUGUUAAAGAGUUGUGGACAUGGCUGGAAGAACUGCAGAAGGAGUUGCUAGAUGAUGUUUAUGCAGAGUCUGUAGAGGCUGUGCAGGACCUGAUCAAGCGCUUUGGUCAGCAGCAGCAGACUACCCUUCAGGUGACUGUCAAUGUCAUUAAAGAAGGCGAGGACCUCAUUCAGCAACUAAGAGAUUCCGCUAUUUCCAGUAACAAGACCCCACACAACAGCUCAAUUAAUCAUAUUGAAACAGUGUUGCAGCAGAUGGAUGACACCCAGUCUCAGAUGGAGGAACUUUUCCAGGAGCGUAAGAUCAAACUUGAACUUUUUCUUCAACUCCGUAUUUUUGAAAGGGAUGCUAUAGAUAUAAUUUCUGAUCUGGAAUCCUGGAAUGAUGAACUUUCACAGCAGAUGAACGACUAUGACACCGAAGAUUUGACAAUAGCAGAACAGAGGCUGCAACAUCAUGCAGACAAGGCCUUGACCAUGAACAACUUAACUUUUGAUGUCAUCCAUCAGGGUCAGGAGCUUUUGCAAUAUGUCAAUGAAGCACAAACAUCAGGUGUUGAAUUACUGUGUGACCGAGAUGUUGACAUGGCGACUCGAGUUCAGGAUUUGCUGGAAUUUUUGCAUGAGAAACAACAAGAGUUGGAUUUAGCUGCUGAACAACACCGAAAACACCUGGAACAAUGUGUACAAUUACGUCAUCUUCAAGCUGAGGUCAAACAAGUGCUGGGGUGGAUCCGUAAUGGAGAGUCUAUGCUAAAUGCUGGUCUCAUUACUGCUAGUUCAUUGCAAGAGGCUGAGCAGUUACAACGGGAGCAUGAACAGUUCCAGCAUGCUAUUGAGAAAACCCACCAGAGUGCAUUACAAGUCCAGCAGAAGGCAGAAGCCAUGUUGCAAGCCAACCACUAUGACAUGGAUAUGAUCAGGGACUGUGCAGAGAAAGUGGCUUCUCACUGGCAGCAGCUCAUGCUCAAAAUGGAAGACCGUCUCAAGCUUGUCAAUGCAUCAGUUGCCUUCUACAAAACAUCUGAGCAGGUAUGUAGUGUCCUGGAAAGUCUUGAACAAGAGUACAAACGUGAAGAAGACUGGUGCGGAGGUGGUGAUAAGCUUGGCCCAAACUCUGAAACAGACCACGUGACUCCUAUGAUCAGCAAACAUCUUGAACAAAAGGAGGCAUUUCUGAAGGCAUGUACACUGGCUAGAAGGAAUGCAGAUGUCUUCCUUAAGUACCUGCAUAGGAACAGUGUCAGCAUGCCAGGCAUGGUCACCCACAUCAAAGCUCCAGAGCAGCAAGUCAAAAAUAUUUUAAAUGAACUAUUCCAAAGGGAGAAUAGAGUACUUCAUUUUUGGACCAUGAGGAAAAGACGUCUUGACCAGUGUCAGCAGUAUGUUGUAUUUGAACGGAGUGCCAAACAGGCACUAGAAUGGAUCCAUGACGCAGGAGAAUUUUAUUUGUCUACUCACACUUCCACUGGUUCCAGUAUACAUCACACACAAGAGCUUUUAAAGGAGCAUGAAGAAUUCCAAAUAACUGCAAAGCAAACCAAAGAACGAGUGAAACUAUUGAUUCAGUUGGCUGAUGGCUUUUGUGAAAAAGGGCAUUCACAUGCAGGAGAAAUAAAAAAAUGGGUGACUGCUGUAGAUAAGCGAUACCGAGAUUUUUCACUACGGAUGGAAAAAUAUCGCACUUCCUUAGAGAAGGCUCUGGGAAUCUCCUCAGACUCAAACAAGUCUAGUAAAAGUUUACAGCUAGAUAAUAUUCCAGCUAGUGCACCAGGAUCAGAGGUGAAGUUACGUGAUGCUGCGCAUGAGUUAAAUGAAGAAAAAAGAAAGUCUGCACGCAGAAAAGAGUUUAUAAUGGCUGAACUGAUCCAGACAGAAAAGGCAUAUGUACGAGACCUGCGGGAGUGCAUGGAUACCUAUCUUUGGGAGAUGACUAGUGGUGUAGAGGAAAUUCCAGCUGGCAUUCUGAAUAGGGAGCAAAUCAUCUUUGGAAAUAUGCAAGAAAUUUAUGAGUUUCACAACAAUAUAUUCCUGAAAGAGCUGGAGAAAUAUGAGCAGUUGCCAGAAGAUGUUGGUCACUGUUUUGUCACAUGGGCAGAUAAGUUUCAGAUGUAUGUAACAUAUUGUAAAAACAAACCAGAUUCUACUCAGCUCAUUUUGGAACAUGCAGGAUCAUAUUUUGAUGAGAUACAACAUAGACAUGGUCUAGCUAACUCUGUCUCAUCCUGUCUCAUCAAACCUGUGCAGCGAAUCACGAAGUAUCAACUUCUUCUGAAGGAACUGUUGACAUGCUGUGAAGAAGGUAAAGGAGAGAUUAAAGAUGGUCUAGAAGUGAUGCUUAGUGUGCCAAAACGAGCCAAUGAUGCUAUGCAUCUCAGUAUGCUGGAAGGUUUUGAUGAAAACAUUGAAUCUCAGGGAGAACUUAUCUUGCAGGACUCCUUUCAGGUGUGGGAUCCAAAGUCUCUGAUCCGAAAGGGACGAGAAAGACACCUCUUUCUAUUCGAAAUGUCUCUUGUCUUCAGCAAAGAAGUUAAAGACUCAAAUGGGAGAAGCAAAUACAUUUACAAGAGCAAGCUGUAUACCUUAGACCUGGGUGUCACAGAACAUGUGGAAGGAGACCCUUGCAAAUUUGCACUUUGGGUAGGGCGUACACCAACAUCUGAUAAUAAAAUUGUUUUGAAGGGUUCCAGUAUAGAAAAUAAACAAGAUUGGAUCAAGCAUGUUCGCGAGGUUAUACAGGAAAGAACAGUUCAUCUUAAAGGUGCAUUGAAAGAGCCAAUUCAUAUCCCCAAAACUGCUACCACAAGCAAACAGAAAGUCAGAAGGGAAGGAGAGGACCUGGACAGUCAGGGUGAUGGCAGUAGUCAGCCUGAUACAAUCUCAAUUGCAUCGCGUACUUCUCAGAAUACAUUGGACAGUGAUAAGCUUUCUGGUGGCUGUGAGUUAACUGUGGUCAUCCAUGAUUUUCUUGCAACCAACAGCAAUGAGCUAACUAUACAUCGAGGACAGACAGUUGAAGUACUGGAGCGGUCACAAGACAAGCCUGAUUGGUGUUUGGUGCGGACCACUGAUCGCUCACCUGCAGCUGAAGGAAUGGUACCGUGUAGCUCUCUGUGUAUUGCUCAUUCUAGGAGCAGUAUGGAAAUGGAGGGUAUUUUCAAUCACAGAGAUUCAUUGUUUACCUCCACUAAUGAUGCUAGCCCUCCUGCUUCACUAAGCUCACUUCAGCCACAUGUAUUGGGGUCGCAGAGUUCUCCUGGCCCUAAACGUCCUGGCAACACAUUGAGAAAGUGGCUCACCAGUCCUGUUCGCCGGUUAAGCAGUGGAAAAGCAGAUGGACAUGUGAAGAAGUUGGCACAUAAAAACAAAAAGAACAGAGAGGUCCGCAAGAGUUUUGAUGGGGGAUCUCAGAAAGACUCCGACGAUAGUGCUGCUACACCACAGGAUGAGACUCUUGAGGAGAGAGUAAGAAAUGAAGGACUUAGCAGUGGAACACUGUCCAAAUCCUCAUCAUCAGGCAUGCAGAGUUGUGGAGAAGAAGAAGGUGAAGAAGGACCUGAUGCUGUGCCUCUUCCUCCACCUAUGGCCAUUCAACAACACAGCCUUUUGCAGCCUGACUCCCAGGAUGAAACGGCAACUUCUCGAUUAUCUGUGCGCCCCACUAGUUCAGAAACGCCAAGUGCCGCAGAACUUGUUAGUGCGAUAGAAGAACUUGUGAAAAGUAAAAUGAAUUUGGACUAUACAAUUGCAUCUUGUUAUCUAAUUUUUAUUAAUCUAUAUGUAUUUGAUAACGUUUUAGAUAUCGACAGUAACAGUUAUGUCUUGCAAGAAUUAUUGGAGACUGAACGGGAUUACGUCCAUGAUCUCAGUGUUGUCGUUGAGGGCUACAUGGCUGUAAUGAAGGAGGAUGGCAUUCCUGACGAUAUGAAGGGAAAAGAAAAACUCGUUUUUGGCAAUAUUAACCAGAUAUAUGAUUGGCACAAAGACUUCUUUUUAGGCGAAUUGGAGAAGUGCCUUGAUGAUCCAGAUAAACUUGCUUCACUCUUUGUUAAACAUGAACGAAGAUUGCACAUGUACAUAGUUUAUUGCCAAAAUAAACCAAAGUCAGAGCAUAUAGUGUCCGAGUACAUUGAGACAUACUUUGAGGAUUUGAAGCAGCGCCUUGGCCACAGUCCUCAGCUCACAGAGUUAUUGAUAAAGCCAAUACAAAGGGUAAUGAAAUACCAGCUUCUGCUUAAGGACUUCUUGAAAUGCUCCAGAAAGGCUGGUCUUAGUACAGAAGAGCUUGAGAAAGCUGUUGAAGUGAUCUGCAUUGUACUUAAAAGGUGCAACGAUGUGAUGAAUGUUGGACGGCUGCAGGGAUUUGAUGGGAAGAUUGUAGCUCAGGGUAAGCUGCUUCUUCAGGACACGUUCUUGGUUGCUGAUCAGGAGACUGGUUUACACGUAUGCAGCAGAGAAAGGCAGAUCUUCCUGUUUGAACAGAUUAUUAUAUUAAGUGAGCCAGUGGACAAAAAAAAAGGCCACUCCUUACCAGGCUUCCUGUUCAAGAACAGUAUAAAGGUGAACUGUCUUAGCCUGGAAGAGACUGUGGACAGCGAUCCCUGUAAAUUUACACUUACCUCACGUUCAAGCAAUGCUAACCCAGAGACCUUCGUUCUGCAGGCAUCAAGUCCAGGAGUCCGACAGUUGUGGAUCUAUGAAAUCAACCAAAUUUUAGAAAACCAGCGUAACUUCCUAAAUGCCUUGACAUCACCAGUUGAGUACCAGAGAAGCCAUGUUGGAACCAGUGGACCCACCAACUGCACCGGAAUGAGCAGCAUUAAUCGUUCCAGGCCAUCACGGAUACCCCAGCCUGUCAGACACCAUUCCCCUAUUCUGGUCUCCUCUGUGGCCUCGGCCCAAUCAGAGGCUGAUAAGAUGUCAGGUAUGUCUCCUCAUAACUUCUCCCUGACACCCCACUGCAGUUCCCUAGAUACUGGCCUCAUUCAUUCAGACAAGAACCUUCCCAGUGCAGAGCUCAUCAUCAUCAACAGUGAAAGUGAGCAGAUCCCCAAGAUGAAAGUUUUAGAGAACUCCAAGAAGACUACGGGAAGUUAUUCUGUUGUGACGGAUGGAAGCACAAAAGAACUACCUGGGAGCCUGGAAGACAACUGUUCAUCGAGAAACAGCAUAGAGAAUUCACCAUGUUCAGCGGCUGUACCUUUUUUGAGCAAGGAAUCCUAUCCUCCUAGUAGCCCCUUGCAGAAAAGCUCCUUCUGGGGCUCCAUCCCAGCCUCCCCUGUUGGCCGCCCUGGUUCUUUCACCUUUCCAGGGGAUACAGAUUCCCUCCAGCGGCAGGUCCACCGCCACUCCACACACAGCAAGGACACGGACCGCAUGAGCACAUGCUCAUCCACCAGCGAGCAGUCUGUGCAGUCAACCCAGAGUAAUGGGAGUGAAAGUAGCAGCAGUAGUAGUAUCUCCACCAUGUUGGUGACGCACGAUUAUACGGCAGUGAAGGAGGAUGAGAUUAAUGUCUACCAAGGAGAGGUUGUACAGAUUUUGGCUAGCAACCAGCAGAACAUGUUUUUGGUGUUCCGUGCCGCCACUGAUCUGUGCCCUGCAGCUGAAGGCUGGAUUCCUGGCUACAUUUUGGGUCACACCAGUGCAGUCGUCUCUGACAACCCUGAGGGAACAAUCAAGAAGUCAUCAUCUUGGCACACAGCACUCCGCAAGAAAAAGAAGUCUGAGAAGAAAGAUAGGGAAGGUAAAAGAGAGGGUAAACUUGAAAAUGGCUAUCACAAAUCCCGAGAAGGAUUAGCUAAUAAAGUAUCUGUAAAGCUUCUGAACCCCAGUUACAUCUAUGAUGUUCCACCAGAGCUGAUCAUUCCAUUAGGUGAGGUGACAUGCAAUGCUGGAGAGACAGCUACCCUUAGAUGUAAAUUUUGUGGUCGCCCCAAACCCUUGAUAACUUGGAAGGGUCCAGAUCAGAACAUCUUAAACAGUGAUGGCCACUACAGCAUCAUGUACAGUGAUGCCGGAGAAGUGACCCUUAGGAUCCUUACUGUAACCACAGAUGAUGAUGGAAUAUACACCUGCAUAGCUGCAAAUGACUUGGGUUCAGUUUCAACAUCUGGCAGUCUCCGAGUUGUGGGUUUUGGGAAUGAUGGAGUGAGACUCAUCUGGAAGGAUAAUUUUGAGUCCUUUUACAGUGAAGUGAUGGAGCUUGGCAGGGGCAGGUUCUCAGUUGUGAAGAAAUGCGAACAAAAGCGAACCAGGCAAACAGUAGCUGCAAAAUUUAUUAACAAAAAGCUGAUGAAAAGGGACCAGGUAGUUUAUGAACUCAGUAUUAUGCAAAGCCUGCAACAUCCACAGCUCAUCUCUCUCCUUGACAUCUUUGAGACCCCCAGCAGCUUUGUGUUAGUUCAAGAGGUGGCUGACCAAGGACGCCUUCUAGACUUCAUAGUGCGCUGGGGGAACCUCACUGAAUGUAAAGUUACAUCCUACCUCAGAGAGAUCCUGGAAGCCAUGCAGUAUCUUCACAACUGCAGGAUAGCACAUUUGGACCUAAAGCCUGAGAACAUACUGGUGGAGCAAAGCCUAUCCAAAAUUUCCAUCAAGCUGGCCGAUUUUGGGGAUGCUGUCCAGCUAAAUAACACCUGCUACAUUCACCAGUUACUAGGGAACCCAGAGUUUGCUGCUCCAGAGAUAAUUGUUGGAAAUCCAGCCUCUCUCACUUCAGACACUUGGAGUAUAGGAGUGGUUACUUAUGUCCUUCUCAGUGGAGCUUCACCCUUCUUGGAUGAAAGUAUAGAGGAAACCUGUCUGAACAUUUGUCAUUUAGAUUUUAGUUUCCCAGAGGACUACUUCAAAGGUGUCAGUCAGAAAGCCAAAGAUUUUGUUUGCUUCUUACUGCAGGUUGAUCCAGCAAAGCGCCCUUCUUGUACAGUAUGUCUGCAGGAUCCCUGGCUACAACUGGACCAUAACAAAGGUACUGAUAGCAUUGAUGUGUCAAGAUUGACUUCAUUUAUUGAGCGGCGUAAACAUCAAAAUGAUGUUCGACCUAUUGGUAGCAUUAAAGCCUUUUUACAAAAUCGACUUUUGCCAAGAAUAUGACCAAAUGUGGCUAUCCUUCUCUUUCUCUUUCAACUGCCGAUCAGAGUGGAGACCACUGCCUUCAGUUUAUUUAACCAUUGACAUGGAGAAAAAAACUGAAAGCCAGUCAGCUGCUACAGUAUUUAUGUGAAAUUGCAUGCCAAGUAAUGUUUGCACUAGAGGCAGUACUUGGGAUUAGCAAUACAGACUAAGCUGGUGUGGGAGGACUUGUACUCUACCUGAGCCAGAAAGAGCCUUGCUGUCUCACAGUGUUUUAUUCAGGUUGCUGCAAAUAACAUUUUUUAAAUGAUGUGUAAGAGGAGAAUUUUGCAAAUGAACAUUGAUUAUGUUUUUGAGACUUGUAAAUUACAUAUAAAAACAGUUUGAUGCCUAUUUCCAUAUCACUGGAAUUAAAAUACAGCCAAAAAAGUUAAUAGUAAUGGUUGGCAAUCAAGUUGACAUCCUUCACAGCAUCUUUGUUUUAUAAAUGUCCUGGCUUUCUGAUUGCCUUGCAUAUAUUUAUCUUAAACACACAGUAAAGCAGGACAGACAUUUCUAGUGCAUCCAACCUCGGACAUUUUUUUGUGUGUAAAGUAUAAUGAAAUGUUUUGCUCUAAUAAUAUAUUAAGCCUUACGUGUAUAUAGAAUGCCUUCAUUCUGUACAUUUUUUUAUUUAAGUGGUGGCUAUCCACUGCAAGGUGUUCAGCUACAGGCUGCUUACCAGCCCUUGGUAAAAAGAUAUCCUUGUGAUGCCACUGUAUGCCAAUCUGAUUAUUACAGAGCUGUAGCUAAGAGGUAAAUAAAUUGUAAAAAUGCACUCUUACUUUGUUUUACAUCAUAUUAUGUGCAAUGUUGUGGCUGUUAACAUUUUAUGCAACUCUAUUUAUGAAUAUUUCUGUUGUACAUGUAAUAAGUAUAUAGGAAAAAAAAACACAUUUAGUGCUCUGAGCUGCUUGGGUAUAUAUUUAUUUAUGUCCUUCCAUUUUACUGUUGCAGUAUUUUUAACAUUAGGGAUCCCCUGCGAAGGGUGGCCCUACAUCUGGCCAGUAUACCAAAGCCUGUAGGUUGCAUUAAGAUACGCCAUAUGUCAUACAUAUGCUCCUUGCGUAGCAUAGGGCAUAAAGGUGACAUCCAGAUAUAUGAAACACUUCAGCGAAAAUUAGCCAUGAAAACCAAUACUUAUAAAAAAACAAAACAAGGCUAGAAGUGUCAACAAGCAAAAGUAACCCAAAGACUGUAUUUCAAAAAGGUCCAAAAUUAAAAACCACCAAAAACCAAACAAGUUUAUUGAGAUUAAGCGCUUUCAUCCUUACAGUUCUGGGACUUCAGAAUAAUUACCACACACAGGAAAUGUGUAUGAAUAAGCCAACCAAUUAGACAAUUCAACAUAUAAAAUAAUUAAUUUUACCUUGUUAAAACCAAAUUUAAAAUAAAAACAAUUAAAAAUCAACUUUUCUUAUAAAAUUUGGGCUCUUGUCUUGGUUUUAACAAGUUUUAGUGAAUUGUCUAAUUCAUUGCCUUAUUUACACACAUUUCCUGUGUGUGGUAAUAAUUCUGAAGAAGUCCCAAAACUGUAGGGACGAAAGCGCUUAAUCUCAGUAAACUUGUUUGUUUUUUGGUGGUUUUUAAUUAUGGCCAUUUUUGACGUCCAGCUAUAUCAUCCUCAGAAUGUUUGCCACCAGUCAGAACUCCAUCUCUGAUUGUCGAUCUGAUCAUGGUGCACCUAGCCGUUCAGAUAAGUGCCCCGUCAUUUUUUUUUUUUUUUUUAACUUUUUGUUGCUUUUGUUUUGUUGUGGGGUUUUAUGUCAUCCAGGAGGGGUAAGUGCCAGUGUAGGACAUAGUCUUCUCAUAAAGACGCCUUCUCAGGACCAUGUUUUUCUGGGGUGCAGGAUUCAGAUGGUGCCUGUGCUGGCAUCUCUGGUUCCUCCCAAGGUUUUGACUCUCAUUUUCUUCUUUCACAGUUUUCAUCCUCUGACUUCUGUCAUGGCCAUGGAAUUUUUGAGAGCUGUGAGAUUUAUAGCAUCCACCAUCCCUAUGCCCCCUCGAGCCAAACUCGAUUUCAGUGGUUUCUGAAAUCAGUUUGGCUUCAACAUGCGCAUCCUCUAGACUUUGUAGUUCCUCUGGUGGAUUCAGCGGUUGUCUGUAAACCCAGGGAUCUCCUUUCUUCCCCCUCUUCCAUCUCAGGAGCUGUUGACAGAUGUCUCAGAUGUGGGAUGGGGCCAUCUUUUGACUUCCUAAAGAUGCAGGAGAUCUGGUCUCCCCUUCAACAGAAGGAGUACAUCAGUGUUAACUAGAUGAAAGCCCUUCUGCUGUCUCUUCAGACUUUUCAUCCAGUUUACUCCCUGGGAGUUUACAGAAAACACCACAAUGAUGUGGUAUGUAAACAAACGGGGGAAGAAGAUCUUAUUUUCUUUGCUGGCUGGCUCUCGUGGUAUGGGAUCUUGCUGCCCAGUAUCAAGUGAAUCUUUAGGCAGUUUACAUUCCAUCAGAUCAAAACAUUGUGGCAGACACCUGAGCAGGUCCUUAACUCAAUCCCAUGAAUGGAUGCUUCACAGAGAGGUUUCUGGACAUUGUCCACCAGUGGGUUACUCCUGAAAUAGAUCUGAUUGCUACCCCUCUGAACAGACAACUUCCUCUAUUUUGUGCCAGACUCUCAGGUCCUCUGACAUGGAAGGC